CUGUUACGUGUACUAGCGGUAUUAGCCUACGUGACAUACGCUGUUUGUCUAACGUCGUCUCGUAUCUCGUUGGCCCGCCAAAAGAGGUCGUUUUUGUUUUAUUUUAGGAACCCGUUUUAUAAAAUUGUAUUGAUCUCAGGAUGCCUGUUCCAGAGUUGCAGAAGCCCGCUCCCCAGUUUACAUCUACUGCACUAGUAAAUGGGCAGUUCAAGGAUAUCUCCCUUAGUGACUAUAAAGGAAAAUAUGUUGUGCUCUUCUUCUAUCCACUUGAUUUUACAUUUGUGUGCCCCACCGAGAUCAUUGCAUUUUCAGACCGUGCAGCUGAGUUUAAAAAUAUUGGCUGUGAAGUUCUAGCAGCUUCGUGUGACAGUCACUUUUCUCACCUUGCUUGGGUAAAUACCCCACGGAAGAAGGGAGGGCUGGGAGAGAUGAACAUUCCUCUCAUUGCUGAUAAGGCUGGAAAGCUGGCCAGACAGUAUGGUGUGUACAGUGAGGAUACUGGUGUUCCAUUCCGUGGGCUGUUUAUAAUUGAUGGGAAACAGAAUUUGAGACAGAUCACUUUGAAUGAUCUCCCUGUUGGGCGGUCAGUGGAUGAGACUCUUCGUCUUGUCCAGGCAUUCCAGUUCACAGAUGUGCAUGGAGAGGUGUGCCCAGCAAACUGGCGGCCUGGCAGCAAAACAAUGAAACCUGAUCCUGAUGCCAGCCUUGAAUACUUUAGUCACAUAGAAUAAGUGUUUUCUGUUGGCAGACUAGAGUGAAAGAACUUAUUCACUGAUGAAUGUAUGAUCAGUUUUAGUUUUGCAAUGUAAAAUUAUGUUACAUACAUAGCUUUUAAAUUGUUUUGCUUUAAAAGUAUGCUGUGUAAUAAUGCUACAUCAGAAGGCUUGAUCUAUCCUUACUUACAUGGUUUUGAAUUUAUGUGGAAUGUUUUUGUUUGGUUGGAUGUUGAGGGAUUAUUGUUCAAAAUCAAUAAAGAAUUAAGCAGUAACAUGACAGUUCAUAUUUAGUUUGGUGCAGUCUUUCAUGUUUGUGCAUUUCAGAAAAUAUGUCUGAAAGGUCAACGAUUAAUUCUGUUUUAUAACUCCAGUUCAUACUCUGUUUGGUGCAGUCUUUCAUAUAUGUGCAUGUUAGAAUAUGAAGAUACAUAUAAAAGUUCACUGAUUAAAUGGUACAUCAUAUUCUGUGACCAUUUUUUUGUUCAAUAAAUGUAUGUUUGAAUUUAAAAUUGGUGUGAACAGUAUUUAAUGACAUUGUGAAAUGCAGUGUAUAAGUUAUGAUACUGUUUUGACUGUAUGACAAUUCUUGAGUAAAAAAUAAACAACCUGAAUUCAUGAAGUAUGCAUUGAA